GGCGAGUGCGAGUUGGAGGACGAGCGAGGUUGCUGAGCGAGCGAGCGAGCGAGCAAGCGGAGAGGCGCCUGCGCGAUGUCUGGGCCCCUGAGCCCGCGGCGCUGAGCCAGCCGGGACGGACAUGCGCGGGAGGGCGCCGUGGGGCUGCCGCCGCUCCCCUGGGGGAAUGAAAGCUACUGGCUGACUUAAGAUCCUUGGGCUUCACAAAUUUGGAGACAUCCCAGAAUAAGGCACCAUGUCAACAGCAGGAGUUGCUGCUCAGGAAAUUAGAGUUCCCUUAAAAACUGGAUUUCUGCACAAUGGCCAGGUCAUGGGAAAGAUGAAGAGCUGCUGGGCCGGCCGCAGUGAGUUUGAGAGUAACUUUUUAAAUAUUGAUCCGAUAAGCAUGGCCUACAGUCUGAACUCCCCUGCUCAGGAGCACCUAACAACUAUUGGGCACAUGUCACAAUCUGCUCCAGUGAAUGGCCAUUUCUUUGCAGAAAAUGGUCCACCUCAAAAAUCCAGCUUGCCCCCUCUUAUCAUUCCCCCGAGUGAAAGCUUGGGACAGCGUGAAGAGGAUCAAGUUACGUGUGGCUUUAAGAAGCUCUCAAUGAAUGGAAUCUGCACAUCCACACCUCCGCUUACACCCAUAAAAAACUGCCCUUCCUUUUUCCCCUGCGCAGCCCUCUGUGAACGGGGCUCUCGGCCCCUCCCACCACUGCCCAUCUCUGAAGACCUCUCUCUGGAUGAGACUGACUGUGAGGUAGAAUUCCUUACCAGCUCAGAUACAGACCUCCUUUUAGAAGACUGUGCACUUUCUGAUUUCAAAUAUGAUGUUCCUGGCCGGCGAAGCUUCCGUGGGUGUGGACAGAUCAACUAUGCUUACUUUGACACCCCCACUGUGUCUGCAGCAGAUCUCAGCUACAUAUCUGACCAAAACGGAGGUGUCCCGAGUGUAAAUCCUCCUCCACCUCAAACCCACCGCAGAUUAAGGAGGUCUCAUUCAGGUCCAGCUGGAUCCUUUAACAAGCCAGCCAUACGCAUCUCCAGCUACACACACAGAGCUUCUCCCAACUCCGAUGAAGACAAACCUGAGGUCCCCCCCAGGAUUCCCAUACCUCCCCGGCCAGUGAAGCCAGACUACAGAAGGUGGUCAGCAGAAGUUACUUCCAGCACCUACAGCGAUGAAGACAGGCCUCCCAAAGUCCCGCCUAGAGAACCUUUGUCCCAGAGUAACUCCCGCACCCCAAGUCCUAAAAGCCUUCCAUCUUACCUCAAUGGGGUCAUGCCCCCAACACAGAGCUUUGCUCCUGACCCCAAAUACGUCAGCAGCAAAGCCCUGCACAGACAGAACAGUGAGGGGUCUGCCAAUAAGGUUCCUUGCAUUCUGCCCAUUAUUGAAAAUGGGAAGAAGGUCAGUUCAACGCAUUAUUACCUACUACCUGAGAGACCACCAUACCUAGAUAAAUAUGAAAAGUUCUUUAGGGAAGCAGAAGAAGCAAACCCAAGCACUCAAAUCCAGUCAUUACCUGCUGCCUGCGGCAUGGUUUCUGCCACAGAAAAGCUGGACUCCAAGACAAAAGUGGACCUGGGUGGGCACGUGAAGCGUAAGCACCUGUCCUACGUGGUCUCUCCCUAGACCUGGGGGUCGGGGCUCAGCAGGAGUUACGUGGAGCGGGUGGUUCUCGGUGCCAGCUUGGCUGAAGGUGGCAGAGCACUCCGUUGGCUUGCAAAUGAAGCAGUGGAGCUUUGUCUUAGUGGGGAAGGCGUCCUUGUGCUGAGA